AGCCAAAUUGAAAGCUCACGUAGCCUUUAUUUUACCAGCACAAAGCAGAGGAAGUGCGAAAGGAGUUUCUUUACUCUUUCGCCUCCCGAUCCACUUCCUCCUCUCUCGCCAUGCACCUCCCUCGCCGGAAAUCGCCGUUGGGGCCGCCGUCGGAUGUCACGCUGGCGGUGGGAAAGCAGGUCGGUUCGUACGCCAGGAAAGGAAGCAACUUUUCCAUCUACGCCCUCGUCCUCGCCAUCUUCCUUCUCGCCCUGAUUAUUUAUCGCGAGGAACUCAGGGCCAUGGCAGAGAGUUCGCUGUCGACUUACCAACCGCAAGAAGAUGCCCCUGCGGCCUUCCCCGGAGGGUCCAUCUCCCGAUUUCCGCCGGAGACGCCGGAAAUCCCCGCCACGAACGUGACCGGGUUGGAGAAGUGCGACCUCGCGCGCGGCGAGUGGGUUUUCGACGACGUGGAUUUCCCGAUGUACCGGGAGGAGCAGUGCCAGUACCUGUCGCAGCAGAUGUCCUGCUCGCGGAACGGCCGCCCGGAGUCGAUGUACCAGAAGUGGCGGUGGCAGCCCGCCGGGUGCUCCUUGCCCAAAUUCGACGCGAGGAUGAUGCUGGAGUGGCUAAAGGGAAAGAGGAUGGUGUUCAUCGGCGACUCCAUGAAUAGGAAUCAGUGGGAGUCCUUUGUCUGCCUGAUGCAGACCGUGGUGCCCCCGGAGGCGAGGGAUCGCCGGGUCGACGGCUCCCGAAUCAUCUUCACAAUCAAGGAACACGGCGCCUCCAUCGAGUUCUACUGGGCGCCGUUCCUGGUGGAGUCGAACUCCGACGAUCCCAACAUCCACAACAUCGCAGAGCGGAUCAUCAACCCCGACGCCAUCGAGAAGCACGCCGUCCACUGGAAGGGGGCCGAUGUCCUGGUCUUCAACACCUACAUCUGGUGGAUGAACACCUUCGAGACGCGAGUCUUGCGUCCGGGGGCACAAAAUUGGAUGGAGCACGAAAUGAUUGUGAGAUAUCAAGCGUAUGACAGAGUUCUGAGGACGCUGACAAAUUGGCUGGAUCUCAACGUUGACCCCACGAAGACGUCCGUCUUCUUCAUGAGCAUGUCUCCUACCCACAGCAAGAGUUCGGACUGGGGCAACCGGGCGGGGAUCAAGUGCGCCGGGGAGAGGCUUCCGAUCACCGACAUGACCGGCGUCUCCGUGGAUACCGACAUGAACAUCUUUGCUUUGGCGAAGAAGGCGCUGGGCUCGCCGGCGCUCCGAGUGCCGGUCACCUUCGUCGACAUCACGGCCAUGUCGGAGCGGCGCAAGGACGCGCACACGUCUGUGUUCACGGUGCGGCAAGGGGCGCCGCUGACGCCGGAGCAGCAGGCGAAGCCAGCUGAGUUUGCCGACUGCAUCCACUGGUGCCUCCCUGGCUUGCCGGAUACCUGGAACCAACUCCUCUUCGUCCACCUCCUCUCCGGCCGCCGCAGCCGCUACUAACACCACCCCCACAUAACCUUAGAAAAUUUAAUUUUUAUUUAAAAAUCAGUAUUUUUUUUAUAGGUAAAUUACUAAUUAAGCGGAAAAUUUAGUGAAAUUGGGUACUUAUUUAA